AUGUGUGUGGAUGCCAUACAUCUGAGUAGUAGUUUGUGGAACACCAAGGCUAAAACUUUGUUGUCUGCCGUGGUGACCAGUGUUGAGUUGCACGUCACGGACAUUGGUUUACGUAGCAUUGUAAAAGUUAUUCGACGUAAAAGUGAUGGUGUCAGGGGGCGUCUGGAUGAAAAUGCGUCUCAAAAGUGUGCUUUCAAGUCUUGGAGAACCAGACUAAUAUCGUUCCUUUCAGUCGACAUUUCAUCAGUACAAAUAAUAGUCUUGUCGACCAAGUUUCUGGAUGAAACUUAUUUUCUGAAUUUCCAGGAGAAUGUGAAUAGCAACAACUCUGUCUGUCACGUUUGUUUCGCUCACAUGAGUGGUUCUAGCGGCCGUGGUGGUGGCUACCAGCCUAUUCAGUCCGGUCGCAAAAUUGAUUUCCCUUUGAAUAAGACCAGUAAAUUUGCGUUAACUUUCCAGUUGACGAAAUUGACGAUGUUAUUUCAUGUCAACAUGAGACAGGCUCAUAUAAACUUACGCAUAUCUCAUAUUUGUGGGAAGUUACUAUGUAUGCCGAUAUUUUCAGAAAAUUGGCUACACAAUGACUUGAAUAAAAAUUGGGAUAUUAUGUUUGAGAACUGUUAUAUACUGGGCCAUCUUCGAUUACGACUAUCUACUAGUAUUCUCUUGGAACUUCAAAGUAUCAACAGUGCUGCUACCUUAACAAGUUGGUCUCUUAAAUCAGUCGAUUUGAAAUUGCAUGGAUUACGUGUCGCUGUUUUGGAAGAGCUCAUUGAUCUCUUGAAUUGGAAACUUUUCGCUAUUCGAACAACUACUCUAUCAUCAGCGUCGUCUACUACCUCUUCUGCAUUCUCUUCACCAACACAAGCAUCAUCUUCAUUAAUGUCAUCAUGCACCUGUUGUCAUCUGGUUAAUUAUCAUCACAGUCAUCAAGAUCAUUGUCAAACACUAGAUCAUUUAUUUCAUACUGAUAAUUCUUCUACCAUUUUAGAACAGUCCUGUGAUAACACUUUGAAUUUGUUAAAAUCAAAUAAACCUUCUAGUUUUUAUAACAGCAGUGAUAACGAAAUAAUUCAGUCACAUUUUCAAUGCGUUCAACAAACUAACAGCUCAAUUAAAUUAUGUAUCACAUUUCUACCUUUGCAAUUUUCAAAUUCUAAUCACAGGCGACAGCAUGACCGAAAUCAACAGAUUUCAUCCAUUCCUGAAAUGGGAUUUCAUUUCGAAAUAAUCAGAUAUUCUUUUAAAAGUAGUCUACAGUUUUAUUUUAUAUCAUCUCAUUUAUCCAUGGAAUUCGAAUUACCUAAACAUAUGAAAUGUUUACAUGAUGACUUUGGAAUUUCUCAGAUAUCAUCGGAGCCGUGUUUGUUGUCACAUUCAACAAAACUUGAUCAUUCUAUUACCAAACAUUUACGUCUACUGAAUGGUUGGAGUACACAGGCUAAACAUUGUCUAGUCGAGGCUAAAGUUAACCUCAUUGAAAUAACUGAACAACUUGAAUCAUCUAUUUGCAGCGUCUACUUGAAUGUAAUAUGCCCGUGUAUAUUUUAUACACAUGAGAAUACAAUUGAAUUAGAAUUUUAUAAAAAGUUAAUAACUUAUUAUUGCUUAGUUGGACAGUGGUGGAAAGUAUUCCAUCGAAGUACCACUGGUACAGAUAUCCUACCGAUAUCAUCCUUGAACAACCUUCAAAACAAUACUAAUGAGAAAGUAGAUAUGAUUAAAUAUUGGCGUCAUAAGAAAUUCAUCAAAAUGCUUCAAUACUUUGGAUUGAAUACACGUCAGUUGAAUGCACGUAUUCAUUUUUGCGGUAACAAGAGUACUAACAGUAGUACUGUUGGAGGUAGUGAUGCAUGUAGUACACUACAAGAAGCAGUGGAAUUUUCAAAUGAUUCUGAACAACAUUAUCACCAUUAUGAUCAUCAAGUUUUCAUGGAAAGAAUGAGAAGUACAGAUAUUCCACAGGCUUUACUUGUCUUCAUCCCACAUCCAGAUUCAUAUGGACUGCAGUUGGGUUUAUUAAAUUCUCUUGUGAAUCUUCAGUGUGAUUUCCAUGAGUUCAAUGUUGAAAAACCAAUUGAAAUUUUGAAUUCAAUCGAUUUUAAUUUGACUUCAUCAAGUGUACAUAUCUGCUUACUGGAUAAAAUUGAUGAAUCUAUUAUUGAUAAAACUAAAACUUUUCAAUCAUCUUUAUCUUCUACCGUUUAUUCAUUGUCAUCAUUAAAUUUAUCCAAUCUUGAUUCACUUCGUUCUCAUCAUUCAAAUAUCAUUUAUUCACAUAUUCGUAGAUUGCCUAGUUUAAAUGAACACUAUUGGGGAUAUUUAUUGUAUGUACAUGAAAUAGAUAUUUGGAAUCACAAGUCCCAAAUUGGCUUUAAACUGGUCACUGUAAGAAUGGAAUGGCCAUCAUCAACUAUGACUAAAUUAGUUGAUUAUCUUCAUUGGCAGUGUUUAACGAGUCACGUUGAAGGAUUACUUAAAAAGUUCAAUUCAUUUGAUGGAUUUUUGGAAAAUGUAAAUGUUUUUCUGUUAAGCGGUAAUAACGCAUUUCUCAUGUUACGUGUAGACAAUCAACGACUUUUAUUAUUAUCAUCAUCUCAACUCACACCACCUAGUCAUUAUGCUAAUAAAUCAUCUUUUAAUCUAAAUGGUUCAGCACAAAUCACACUAACUGGCUGUAAAUUAAUUUAUAAUUCAUCUGUACUAAUGCCUAAUUAUGAAUAUGAUGUUACUUCAGCCUGUCCAUAUACAAUAUUAUCAAGUGCUGAGAUAAAAGAUGAUUCAAUUUUAUUGUUGCCUGAAGUACAAGUUGAUAUUAAAUUGCCAGAUAAGUCUAUUGAAAUUUCUCCAGUUGGAUCUGGUGAAUUUGUCUGGUCACUAGGAUUUCAUUUAUGCUGCCGCAGCAUAUUAAUAUCAUGGAGACGAUUCACUAAGAAAUUCCUUUCAGGUUUUAACCAUUUAUUCACAUCAUAUACUCUAUCCAAGUGUUAUUGUCAACAAAGUGAAUCUUUCAAAUUAUUACCUUCACCUCCGUUUACAUCAUCGUUAACCACAUCCACUUCUGCUGUAAUACCCGAUUUAUUUAAAAAUAGUUCAACACGUUUUCCUAUCAACAAUAAUACCAAAAAUGAUAAUACUGUUUGGAAAUUUAGCCUGAAAACAAAUGAUACCAAUUUUCAGUUAUAUUUUAAACUAUUGUCUAAAGAACAUUUUAUUGUGUUAUGUAUUGAUAAAUUAUCCUUCUAUUAUUAUAUUACAAAACCAACGAUUAAUCAUAAUAGUGAAAUGAUUGUAAUGGAUAAUAUCGGGUCUAUUGUUGGUAGCCGAUUGAAAUUGAAUUGUGAAAAUGUGGUAUUCAAGUGCGAAGAUCAAACAAUUGCUGUGUUUCAGAAUUUAAAAGUUUGUCAAAGACCGGAAAAUAUUCAACAUCGUAUUGAACAUUUAAAAAUGGGUUUAAUGAAUCGAGAAAAUUCUUCUUGGGAAUUUUACAUGGAUUUACUUUAUGUCAUAUUUCCAUACCGAUAUAAAUUUCGUGAUAUCUAUCAAGAGGUAACAUCUAUCAGAAAAUUUCUACUUCAAUUACACUUUGGUGAUAUCAUAUACCCUGAACCAAAUGUAUUGUCUAAUCCAAUAAAAACUUCUAUCUGUACACCGAUUGAUUUGGAUGUGAUAUUGAACCAAUUUUCUAUUGGUUCACCUUCUAAUUCACCAUCACUAUCACCAUUAUCACCGCCUAUACUUAAGUUAACAUCUUCAACUACAAACAGAACACAAAACACUUCAUUAACAUCAAGUUUAUUAUCAGACUCUGAAACAUCCUCACCAAAAUUAUCAUCUCUUAAACAAGAUCAUAUUCUUCACAUCAAACGAUUCAUUAUUGAAAUUAAAGAUGAUCCAUUCGAGUGCAAAUUGAACGAUAUUCAUACCAUUUUAUUGGAUGAAUUUGCUAUGCAUGAGAAACGUGUGAAUACAGUACGUGAAGAGUUAACAAGAGCAGCGCAUUCGGGAAUACGCGUUUCUGAUGAAGAACGUCUAGCGUGUUUUGCACGCAUGGAAAUACAACGAGCCAAUGAAUAUCGUAAUCGAUUAAAUCAUUUCUACCAAGAUUAUGCUAUAUCCGAUGAAUUAUUCACCUUUACAAUGGAUAAUUUAAAGAUUAAAGCAUUAGCUGAUGGUAGUCUAACCAGUGGGGAACAAGCUAUAGAACAGAUGAAAAUGAUGGAUAGUGAAAGCCCUUGGCCAAAUCUUACUUAUAAAGAUUUCUGUACUCUUUGGUGUCGUAUAAUUACACUAAAUGUUGAUCGAUGGCGUUUUCAACUAAGAGAUUAUCCUAAACCAUGUUGGGAUGUGACUGAUUUAUUUUUAUGGGGUAAAUUAGUUGUUGCUGAGCAACUAGCUAGUGAUAUAGGUCAACGUUAUAUUCUUAUUCGUAAUAGUUCGCCUACUAAAUUUUAUUAUGAUUUAAAUGCAGAUGUGAAAUCACUACAUAUAUGUUAUGGUGCUAAUUGGGAACCGACUAUAUCAUGGUUAAAUCAACGCUUAGAUGAUAUUAAGCCGAUGACAAAAGAUAAAUCAUGUCCACCAUUAGGUUGGUGGGAUAAGUCACGUCUAUUAUUACACGGUCGUUUGUUGUUUGCUGCUGAUUCAAUGCAUUGGUUAUAUUCAACAAGUCUAAGUCCUUAUAAUACAACUGAAUUUUUCACCUGGCAAUGGAAUCAUGUUGUAGUCAAUUGGGAGAAUGGAGUUAUUCGAGUUGAUGGAGAUCUUGAUAUUGUUUAUCAAACUGCAUCAAAAUAUGAUGGAAUGUGUAGACUUUUUCAUUUACCCCGUUUAGAGAUGACCGUGAGACUAGAUUGGCUAUCUUUACGUGAUCCAAACGAUCACCAUUCAGUGAAGCAUUGUCAUACAGAAUGUUUACCAACUUCAGAACAAAACCAGCACGAUUCAUAUAAGUACUUUCGAGCUAACCGUUUGGCUAUGCAAGUCAAUUUCACGGUAAAACCACCACCUUCUGGAUCCUCUAAAACAGAUCAACGCCCUUGGUGUUUACUUUAUACAAGUGUGUUAAAAUUUGCAGACAAACUACGGGUUUGCCUUUCACAAAUCUCUCGACCUAUUCGCCGUGGAUCCUUGUAUAAUUAUAAUCCUCCUAGGAAACCAAAUUUUGGACGUCUAGUUCAAUCACUGGAUUUCAGUUUUAAUCUUCCACAAUUAGAAAUGAUAUUUUGGGUCUCUUAUGCUAAACGUACUGGAGUACAUUUAACCACUGGACCAAUACAAGUGAUUGGAAAAUUAAAACGUGAAAUAGAAAAUGAAAUAAAAGUUCGUCGAUUGAUUGGGAAGUUAUCAAAUAGUUUUCAUACACCAACUUCAUCAACAAUUGGAGUAGGAAGUGGAACAUUUGAUGCUAGUUGCUCCACAAUUUUACACCCUUAUGUAAUGAUUCCACCAAGAUCGGCUAUCCAACGUAAUGGUUUAUCAAGACGUCCAAUAGCCAGUUGGUCGGUAAUAAAUUUAUUUGCUAGUGUACACGAUAGUGCAAUACGUUUAAGGCAUAGAGAUAAUCUACCGGGUCCAUUGGUUCAAAUGCUUUUACAGUGUGUUAAUACGCAUCAAAAUAAUACUAACAUCAAACAAUCUGAUACUGGUCAUGAUAAACCGGAUAAAAACAGUGUCAGCAGUGAACUAGAACUAGAUAAUGAAGUGAUGAAUGAUGCUGAAGCAUUUAUUAUUGUUCCAUUAUUACGCUAUCAACAACUUUGUCCAUCGGUUCUACCUCCUAAUACAACUGUUCGUGUUCAUAUACCUGGACCACGAUCGACUACAAUAACUACUACUGCUGCUAGUAGUAGUAAUAAUAACGAAUAUAAUAAAAAUGGAGGUUUAGUUAAUCAAGACAUUGAUGUUACUGGCAUUGAACAUCGUAGGCAAUCAAAAGAGAAAACACUGACAAAUGCUAUCACUACUACUACUACGACCACGGUGACGACGACAAUAACAACACCAAUUAGGACAACAGCUGACACUAGAAAUGAGGACAUUUUUGACAAGCAUAAAAUACCAUCCAACCAAAAUAAAUUAAAUACAACAUCUGUAGCUGGUAAUCCUGAUCGAAUAUCAACAGCUGAAGAGGUUGCUAUCAGUAGUGAUAGUCAUCAGCUGACACAUGAAGAGCUGACACCUGUUCAUCAUCUUGAAAUACAUGAGUUUAAAAUGAGAUGGACUGAACAAAAUCGUAAUCUAGUCUAUAUUCUAAUGGAUAGUUAUCAGCAUGCACAAUUGUUGAAAAGAAAUUUAUCAACUCGUGCAUUACACGGAUUCAAAUUGGACACAGGUCAAACAGGAGCAAAUACCACAAUGAUGACAACAACUACUGGAGGUGGUUUUGGAAUUGGAAAGUUUGCUAGUGGUAGUAGUACCAGUACGGUUCUUAGUCGAAAUGCUCGUAGUGCUAUUCAACUAUCAAGUUGUAAUAAUAAUCAGUCAAUGAAUGCGUUCAAAUCAUUCGAUUAUAUAGAUAGACAACCUAUUGUUACUUCUACUGAUUCUCAUCAUAUAUUAAGUAAUACUGAUCAUGUUAUCAAGAUGUCUACUACUUCUGCUGGACUUUUCACUGGUUCAGAACUUCUGCCGCAUAUAUCUGAAAUACCACCUACAACUAAAAAUAAUAGUACUGUUGGAAAAGAUAAAUCUGAUAACGAAUAUGAACAUAAUGAAUGUGGACAGUAUUCUGUAUGGAAUACAACUGUAUCAACUGAAGCAUCACGUAAAUCAAAAUCUCACCUUGAACAAAUUCCAAUGUUAGCACAGUUAUUAGAAGAAGUGGAUACUGCGCGCUUUUAUGCUUAUUGUGAAGAAGAGCCCAAGCAAACUGAUGUUGUAUCUCAACUACAAGGUUUGAAAAUAUGCGCAUCCAGUCUGGUAGCUGAACGUAAUUGGCAUUUGGAACUAAUCAAUCCUCAAUUGUUACUAAAAACUAAUCAUUUAGCUGGUUAUGUACUGGUAACCGCUGCUAGAGCAAAACUGGAUGCCUUAACUCAUCCACCUGUAUGGAAAGAUUCACAAUUGUUAAACAAAUCUAGUUUAGUUGGACAUUUAGAGUGUAUGCAGUAUUAUGCUACUGUUGGACAAGUCCUUCCAGGAACGCCUGAUCAAUGGUUAUCUACAGCUGAUGUUAGUGAUUGGGCACAUCACAGUUUGAAUGCUGAUGAAGAUACAUUAAGUGGAAAACCUGAGGUUGUCGGUUGUGGUAGAUCGGUUGGCGGUGUAGUCACAGCAUGUGUUGGCUUUCCACAGAAUUUAUCUAGUAAUAAAUCUUCAUUAACUCGUCACAGUGUAACUGCUACUAGUCCUUUAACAUCCACUAGCGUUGCUGCAACUGAAAUCAUUCAUAGUAUUACUGUGACAUCUUUAAAUACUACUCCUACUGCUGCUACUACGACGACAACAAUAGCUACUGCUGGACUAAGUACUGAUUGUGUUCGGCCUAUUCAGCUACAGCGUAUGAUAUCUCGUUGCUCAUGUGAGGUAUUCUAUAUACAUUAUGAGCCAGCUGACCCAGCCAAUUUACCACUACCACAUUUAAUUCCGCCCUUAUCACUAGACGAAACAGAAGUAGUACGUAAUCCAGAGGGAGCUGAUACAGUCACCUUGUUACAUCAUACAUUAAAUGUCUUUACAAAUUCUCUUCAAUAUCAUAUGAUUGUCGAGAUUGUGAAUGAUCUACUUCUCUAUGUGGAGCCACAAAGAAAGGCUCAAUCUGAACGUAAUCGUGUAGCUUUUGGUUUGAUGUCUGAAUCUCAAGUACGUUUAGCCAUUCUACGUGAUCAAGAGGCUUUACGUCGAAUGAUUUUAGAACAACGUCAAUUAGAACGAUAUUUAUGGUCAUAUGUUAGUCAAACAAUGCAAGAGUUGGGAUUGAAUACACCUGUAGGCUAUCCUAAAACCUUUCAUUCAAUCAAUAAUAUAUUAUCGAAAAAUUCCAAUGAUUCAACAUACUGUAGAAGAAGGUCUUCAAAUAUUACAUUGAAACUAGUCAAUUGUAUUCAAGGUGCUAGACAUUUAGAAACUCAAAUCAAUACACUGAAAUCUAGUAUAAUCGAUUUAAACGCAAUUUUAUCACAACGUUUAGCUCAUUAUCAACAGCUACAGAUACAAGCUCAACGUCGUCAUAUCCGUAAAGCAAUGUCAUUUAAACGUCAUCCACUUCAUUCUUCUUCCUCGUCAUCAUUUAACAAUGAUUUCUUGUAUCCAUCUACAACAAUAUCGAAUACUGGGAUAGGUAUUACUUCUGGUAGUGGUGGUGGAUUAACACUGAAUAGUCCAAAUUUAAUACAGAAACAAUCUGUAGAGGAUUUUAAUCGAAUCUCUCAGUUAGGUAAUGAUUCCGAGUCCCCUGUAACUUGUGGGUUAUCUGCUCAAGGAAAUUUGCGUCGGUCAUCCUCGAUAGACUAUUUACUUCACGCGAAUGUCUGCAAUAGUCGUAAUAAUGUCAGUCAGAAUCAAUCAGUAGCAGAAGCUGUUUUAUCUGAUAGUUCACGCAAGUCAACUGACAGUGGAAGUAAGCCUGCUGAAGUUGUUAGACGAAGCGAGGUUUGCUUUGAACAUGCUAGAUGGCGUAUGACUGAACAUGAUGGACAAAUCGGUUUAGCUGAUGUAGAAUUACGUGGUUUUAUUUACACAAAAACCAAUCGUCAAGAUGAUUCCGGUUCUCAUCGUUUAGAAUUAGGCUGGAUACGAGUUUCUAGCCUGGCGCCUAAUUCAUUCUAUAAAGAGGUCUUAGCUCCUGAUGUUUCUGGCGGUCGGUAUGCUGGUGGACCUAUUCUACGAAUAGCUUGUUCUGAUUUAGCACCGGUUGGUGGGAUUUCUGUGAAGGAAGCUAUGGAGAUCAGUGUUGCACCAAUUGUACUUCAGAUGAGUAAACAGUUUUAUCGUAUCAUGAUGCCUUUCUUCUUUCCUGAAAAAUCUGAAGAAACUCACACGACCUCUGUAGUAACGACAACGGUUGCCACUACUAAUUCAACUACUAACAACUGUACAACUGUGUCCAAUCAAAUUGCUGGCUUAAUGACCAAUAAUAAUUUGAUCAAUUCAGCUAAUUUACAUCAACUGAAUUCCCUACACUUGGAAUGUAUCAAUUCAAAUGCAUUUACAUCAUAUGAUGGUGAUGGUAUUGUUCCAUUUCAUCACUUGGAAUCAAAUCCUGAUAAUCAGCGUUUCCUAGAUUCAUCUGACAAUAUCUUAUCGCGUAAACAACGGAUUAGACGUUAUUUAUCCAGAUGUUGUAGACAAUACCGCAUCAUCAUCAAUGUCACAUAUUAUCUCUACUACAUUUCAUCACCACCUUCUACUUCAUCAACAACAGUAGAAUCAAUGAAAUCGAUUUCACCAAGUAAUUUAACGAUUGAAGCAGCUAUAUCUGGACGUAAUUAUUGUAGUGUAAAUGAUGAAUGGAAUGGACCAGUUAAUAGAUCUACUUUCUCGCCUGCUAAAUUAUUACAAAUGAAUUUAAGGCGUAAACUUCCUCUUGAAAAUAAUUUGCCUAUUGUUAAUUCACAUAGUCGAAGUGAACUGAAGUAUGUCAAUUCAAUUGAAGGUAGAGCGAAUUUACUACCUCAAGAUCUUCUUUGUAGAGAACGAUUACGAACUCAAAUGGAUUAUUUUACUGGUGGUGAACCGUCAACAUCAUCUGGCUAUAUGAAGGGAUGUUAUAUUAAUACUGAUAUGAAGAUGAUGAUGGCGAUGACAACGCCUACACAACCACAAUCACAGAUAAAUUUGUGUACACGGUGUAGACCACCUCAUUUGAUCGGUGUUAAUGGUGAUGGUGGUUGUGGGGGCACCGGUAGUUGUGGUCAUCUGUAUCCACUGCAUAUUACCUCAUACAAUCCAAUGGACUUCGGAUUGGAACAGACUAGCAAUUCAACGAAUGUUCAUCAGAGCAAUAAUGACCACAUUAGUGCCACAACCCCAUUGAAUCCAGUCGAUGUGAUGCGGGAGAGAGCUCGUCAGAACAAUGUAUUUUUAUACAUAAAAAUUCCUGGCUUUCCUAUUCGUUUAAGCUAUAAGGGUGAGAAACAGAAGAAUAUCACGGAUGUAACGCGUUUCGAGUUAUUUAUACCUACAUUGGAGUAUCAUAAUUGUGUUUGGACAUGGUUAGACUUUGCUAUGGAAGUGAAAACGCGUAUACGCAAACAACUUGUUCGUGAGGUAAUCAAGAAAAAAUUCACUCCACGACGUCGUGUUCCAUUUUUACGUGUUACUGGUAGUCUCGGAGGUACUAACAAUAGUGGUGGAGAUCAACGUUCGCAUGGAUUGAAACCAUCAAGUAGCAGUAGUAGUAUCCUUCCAUCUGUUGGCAGAUUCGGUUCAUUAUCGACAACUAUGUCAGCUGUCGAUAUGACUGACAUGGAUUCAACUGCAGCACAAGAAGAAAAAGCUCAACGUGAAUUAGAAAUGAUACUUGGUCGUCAUGCACAAAUUCAACCACAACAAGGCAGUAAACGAAGGCAUCGUAAAUCGAAACUAUUAUGA